AAGGAAAGGGAAAAAGAGACGAAAAAAAUGGAGCUUAUAAUUCCUUGAAUAACCUUGUAUAUUGAUGAAAGAAAAAAUUAUUUAUCCUCAGAAUUUUCCAUGGAAAAAAAGCUGCAAACGAAAUAUUGCAAUAAUGCCUCGUUUCAGUUUCAAUAUUUAAAAUUUUUAAACAUUGUAUUAAUUUUUUAGAUUAAAAGUAUUCCAAUUCAAAUAAAAAAAUUGGAUACGUAUGAAAAUACGUGUGAAUAUAUUUUUUAAAAAAUGAUCUUCCACGCGGUUAUUUUAGUGAAAAUCGUCGAAAGCUAAAUAAUAGAGAUAAUAAAACAAGUCUGUAGCAGUAUAUCGUAAAUCUGGCACGCCCCUUCGAUUCCAAUUAUCCGCUUCAGUUUCUGAUAGUUUAGCCCGACAAUCGUUCGUUCCUAGUCGUUUCAAGCUUAGUUUGAUAUCUGUGCCAAAAAUUUUUACCUUAUUCCUUUUCACUAUUUCCAUUAUACUUCGGAUACUUCCUCUGAAAUCUAAAAUCUUCGAUUAAUUAAAAAAAAAUGAACUGAAAUUAUCACUUCUUCGAAUAAAUAAUUUAAUUAAUCGAUUAAGAAAGAAGUUUGAAAAAAGAAUUUGUUCGAUAUGAAAGUGAGAGUCUCCCGCGAGAUUCGAACAAUAUGGAUAUUUUUCGCGUUAACGUUAAAAUCGUCGAUUUGCGUGGAGAAAUAUUGGCUCCCAAAUUUAGAAUGGGAGACGGCUGAAAAUUGGAUUGGAGGACGUAUACCGGAAUUAGAUAGUUACGUGACGUUUCCUUUGGACAUGAGACACGCUGUGGGAAUUGGGAAAUCCGAGAAUCUGAGACUCUCUGGAAUUGAUCUGGCCAGAACUGGAUCCUUGGUCCUAUCUAGAAACGGAAGAUUACAGUUAACCGAAUCGGGAAAGUCGUCAAAGGGAAUCAGUCAGUGGUCAAGAUCUGGUCACUUGUUUUGGGCUGAUCCAGAAAAUUGGAACGGUAGCUCGGAGGCAGCGCCUCAUCUCGAGCAGGUGCCCUGCCGUCAGGACACCGUAGUUCUUCCGGAGAAAAGGCGGGUCUUCAGCGUUCUUUUGCCGAUGAAAAGCAUCGAAGUGAAAUCGGUUCGAACGAGCGAUGAAAAGUAUCCAUACAGCGCCUGGCAAUGGGCAGAUUUGGAAACUGGAAGGGAGUUCGAGAAAGGUAUAUCCACCGUGAGAUACGCCGAAUACAAUUGCGGAAAGUGCUCCUGCCAGGACGAUCCUAACGGCUACUACCUCGAGGAAAUUUGCGCCAUUCAAAGACCAAAGUGCGGAUACUCCCCCUGCGAGUAUCCACUGUGGGUGGAAGGGCAUUGCUGCAGAUAUUGCGGUGGUCGUUUGUCUCUGACGGACAAGACGUCUUUGUCGUUGGUCCAGGCUGCCGCAGACGAAGCUUUGGAAGGGCGGGAGAAGCUUGUUUGGCACGUGAGACGUACUUGGAGCGGGGGUGUCGAGGUUCUGAUAAAGAAAAAGGGCGAUUACUCGGAGAUCGAUAUUCUCGAGGGGUUGGAAGACGUGAAGAGAACCCUUUCGAAUAUGAAAAUCGAGGUUUUCACCGCAGAAGUGACCGGUGCCGCUUUGCGAGAGAAUGGCGCAACUGUCGCGCUAGCUUCGUUGUUCGUUACACCAUUGAUCCUCCUUGCGCUUUUAUUCAUCGUCUUCUUGUACUUUGGCUACUCCUACAGACAAAUUCUGACGGCGUGCACACAAAUAUUUUCCUCGAUAAGGGAUGGAGUUCGCGUGGACAAGAAUCAGGCUGGCAAACCAUUCGGUUUCGCUCGUUUUGAAAAUAUUUCAGAGGGUAACGUUCGAAUAACAGAGGUCGCCUGUGAAUCAAAUCUCGAGAACAAAGAAACGGAUAACAAAGAUUCAUCUUCAGGAGGAAGAUUCGAGAAUCCUUUGUACAGAUCGAAAAGAAAAGGUCGUAAGGAAGAAGGAGAAGUUUUGGACAUGGAAAAACCCCUGAGUUUGGCAACCCUUAAGGAUAAAGUGGAAGAGGAUCAGAUCGAGGAAGUGGAUCUUGAUCAAUGAUCUUUCUCGUACAAUUCUUAGUAUUUUACGUUUUCCUGUCUUAUUAAAAUUUAACAAAUUUGAAAAUUAUCGAAGCUAAACGUAGAAAGCGAAGAAGUUUUAAAAAUAGAUGUGAAAUAUAGAUGAAAACUUGCAACAAAAUAGGAAUAGUAUUAUCGAUAUUAUUAAAUUUCAAUGGUUCUUUAACAAUGUUAAUUGAAACGUGAGAAAAUAUAUAUUGAAUUAUAAAGAUCUAGUUGGUUAAAUUUAAUAAAUUUGAUGCAAGAACUAUUUUGUAUAAUCAGACUAAAACGUUAAAUAUUGACACAUUCGUUUUUCUUUUGAAAAAUAGCAAUAAUUUUAAAACAAUUUUUUUAAUAAUGCAAUUUAAUUUUGAUCUGUAUUUAAAUUAAUUCAGCAAUAAUUUACUGAAACCUAAUAGAAAUAAGAUAUAAAGAAUGACAUCACUUUUUUUAUUUUAUCACUUAUUUUAUCCACUCUGAGAAUCUACAUACGGAGGAGGAAUAAUAAUAGAAAUGUAAUGAAAUUCUAAGAGAUAAAGUUAACUUGCAUGACAUAAAGUUAUUUGAAGUGAGGAAUUGGCCUUGAGAGAACAAUUGAUUUUCAAAUCGAUCCUUGCAUUUAGUCCAUAUCGUUGUUUUCAUACACCGAUUACAUUGUCUCCUCGUGCGUGAAUAUAAUUUCUUCCAGUUAUCAUGAUUGUACCAAUAAGAAUGAUAUAUAUAUAAGAUUGCAAUAGAAACUAAAGUUAACCGAGUUUACUAAGAUUGCUUGCGUAUAGUUUCUAUUUAAAUAAAUAAAUAAAUUACUCAAAUCUUCAUAUUUCGCUUCCUCUUUUAAAAAUCCUUGUUUUAUAACAUUACUCGAACACAUUGUUGGAAAUAAAUAUUUCAAUUAUGAUUCA